UUUGAUAAUAGUUUUUUUCUUUAUAUUUAGUGUUUGUAUUGAAAACAAAGACAAUUUCUUUAUCGUGUCGAUUUUUAUCAGUGUUUGUUAAACAACAUCAUCAUCAAAUAUAAAAUGUUAUUUGUAUCGAACAAAAUGAUGAAAGUAAUGGGUAUCGAACGUAAACGCAUUGGUUUGUUCACAUGUUUUAUGAUCAUUUUGAUGUCAUCGACUUACGGUCAAUUGCCAACAAUGGAAAUCAAAAUUACACCGGAAUCGCAAGCUAUCACAGAAGCAAAUUAUACAGUAACAAAGCCCCCACCACCACCAUUAGAAGGUGCGAAUGUUACGAAAUCAGUACAUACCUUAAAACCUCAUCCAACAUCGCAUAAUCAUUCAUCGCAUAAUCAUACAGAUCAUACUGAUGAUGCAAAAAUUCGUCGUGCUGGAAUAAUCAUUUCGGCCGUUGUAAUUGCUAUAUCAAUGGCUACAAUAGUAUUAGCUGCAUUCUAUUGGCUUUAUUUUGAUAAACAAGAGGAUGAUCAACAAUCAAUUAGUAGUCACCGAACUGCUGAUAGAAAUGAUCUAAAUCGAGAGAUUAAAAAUGCUGCAAUUAAAAGUUUACAACAAAAUAAGGCACCACAAUUACCCGGUACGACAACUGAGCGAGAAAAGAGUAGAUCAACAUCUUCAUCUGCAUCAUCGAAAAAACAACAGCCCAACGAAUCGUCAGCAUCCUCAUCGAAAAAACGAAAGCAAACUGAACAAUCGUCAUCAAAAUCAUCAAAGAAGCCAGUGGAAGAAAAAAAUGUGAACAUUGAACCUCCGGCCCCGAUUGAAUCGAAAGACAAUCAACCAGAAAAAUCAAAUUCAGCAUUCCCCUCAAAACAGAAACUACCGAACGUGGAACCAUCAAAUACUCAAUCACAGAUGCCAUUUUCAGUGUUAUCGGCACCAUCUGUAACAUCGAAAAAUGAUGAAUGAAAAAAAAUGACUUUGAAAUGAUGACAGUUUCCAGGUGAUAAGCGAAAAUUGUAUGAGAAGCCUGUGUAUGUGUGUGUGAAUGUGUGAAAAAGACAUCUUCAUCUUGAAACUAGAUAAGAAUUAUUUUGCAAAAAAAAUUUGUUUAUUUGAAAAAAAUUUAUAAAAAAAAAUUCUCGAUUAUUGUUUCUAGCCA